AUUGAUCGUAGUUAUAAGCUGUGUUAACUGCGAUCAGCAGUGCCCUUUUCAUAAGCUAGUCAUGCAUCUUUGGCUUGCACAACCACAAGCAAAGGUGCCCCUGGACACAUCCACAACAACUUCCACUUCUUACAGGAUCUCUCACAGAUACAUCUACGGUGGUCAGGUCGGGUCCACGCAACGCUGCAAUCUUGUGCAUGGCAGUGCGUCAAGGAGGCCUCAAGUGCUUGCCAUGUCCCAAGCAGCCCAACAAUCUUUCGACGCAAACUCCUACAAUGCGGAAAGGUUGUGCUUAGAUGAGCAGGCACGCGACGGCAUGCGCGCGCAGUUGGCCCGAGAUGAAGCGGCUGAGCAGCGCCUACCUGGCAGUGUGGCGGGCGCCUGGAAAUGGGCCUUACGUAAGAAAAUUUGGGACUACAUGGAGGCCAAUGACAUUGCCAGGUUCCCUCGCCCGGUGCACCACCGCAUUCCCAACUUCGUCAACGCGGACCUCGCCGCCCAGCGCCUGGCGGACCUGCCAGAAUUCAAAUCCGCUCUGGUGGUGAAAGUUAACCCGGACACGCCGCAAAAAAUGGUCAGGCAGCUGGUUCUGAUCCGGAACAAGACACUGCUCACUCCCCAGCCGCGGCUGCGCACCGGCUUCUUCAGCCGCCUAAGCCGCAGCAGUUUCCCCCCGGAAGAUCUGAAUGAGGCGUGCACCAGCGCAGGUGUUGCCAAGUACGGCGAGCCUCUGUCGCUGGAUACGAAGAUUAAGGUGGACCUCAUAGUGGUGGGAAGUUCGUGCGUGGACCCAGCAAGUGGGGCGAGACUUGGCAAGGGCGAGGGUUUUGCGGAGCUUGAGUACGGCAUUCUGCGCUGGAUGGGCGCCAUUGAUGAGAGCACUCUGGUGGUGAGCACGGUACAUGAUUGUCAGGUCCUCCCACCUGGUACAAUUGACGUGAGCAAGAUGUUGGAGCAUGAUGUGCCUGUGGACGUCAUCGUGACCCCCACGCGGGUAAUUCGCACCGGCACCACGCUGUCCAAGCCGAGCGGUAUCCUAUGGCACAAGUUGUCCCCUCAGAAGCUGGCCCAGAUCCGGGUGCUGCAGCAGCUCAAGGAGCGCAUUGAGAGGGAGACAGGCACCAAGCUGCCCACAGGGCCAGACGAGACCUUGCCGCCCUUGGCGGCACGAGGGAAGCCUCAGGGUGGCCGAGGACGAGGGAGCGGCGGCGGUGGCGGCAGUAGCAGGCGGAAUGGAAGCGGCGACAGGGGGCAAGGAGGCAGCCAUGGUGGCAGCCGUGAUGCGGCCGCCACAAAACAGUCUGUCACAAGAUAGCAUCAUUAAGGGAAAGUGAGGAUGCAGUGAUUGCGCCAGGGCACACGAAUCACUUACAACCCCGGUGUAUCAUAGUUAGGCGCAUUACAUUGUUGAGGCCCGCUCACAUGGAGUAUGGCCAUGGCCUGGGUGAGCGGCAGGGCAGGCGGUGGGCACUGGAUAAUUACAGGGCUAACUGGGACGAGUAUGUUGCGUAGCGUCUGCUUGUCACAACUAGUGCACCGAGCAAAACGGAAUAUGUACGGCGCGCAGCAUCAUGACGUUGCUGCUUCGCUUGUUACAUUGUACAUGUACAUGCUUGAAUGCUAAACAUCACAAGACCAUGUAAUACCACGUUUGCGCCAACAAAGAGACGGCAUUGGCCGUGGGUAGAGUAUAAAAUGUAGGUUAUUCCUACUCUCGUAGGAAAUGGAAGUAGGAAAUUGAAGUUGAAGUUCCGGCCAGAGUACUAGUACGGCAAGAAACCCCAGUCAACGGCUUCCCUCCUCGCUCAACGCGCGAUCCCAAAAGUUGAACAGGGUGGCUUCAACGUUCUCAUUUGUUUGUCUGUUAGAGAAAGAAAGCCAGCACACGGCAAACACCUGCCCGCCUCUUCCACACCUACCACCCACAUAAGCAACUAGCAUUUCCCACGAACCGCCUUGCUUAAGGUUGGCGCAUGUUAUAGCGCACGUUGCAGAACCAGGAAGGAGGACUGGAUACCCGGUGCCCUGCCUUGAAGUCAGAAGUCACUGGAUAAUGACCAGCUGUAUAGCCACCGCACCACCUUGGCUAAAGUAAUCGCACAUGCCACCGCGGAAGGGGCGGAACACGGCUUGCUAGGGGGCCCCCACCCGCGCGACACCAACAUUUGCCGCCACUGGGUGAUGAGAUGGAUACAGCUUGUCCAGAUACCACAUGCCUCGCGAUCGGCAUGAGGGAGGCCUCUAGAAACGUUUUUUGUGGCUUUUAUUCUU